UUAGGGAGAAGGAUGGCAGGAGCAACUUUCAUGCGAUUUGCUGCCCGGACUGUGCUAUCGGCACCUGCUUGUAAAGCCGUCAAGAUCAGAGGAUAUCAUCGACAAUACUUGACUACUUUCAGGAGCAAUACCUCAACUAUGAACGGUGGAAGAAGUGCAUUCUUGCUCACCUUACCAGUACUAUCUUAUCUAGGCGUGGAAGCCUACAGGAGGGUGCAGAGUGCAACUGUGGUCCAUGCUCUGGAAAAAGCUGAGGAGGCUGUGGAACAAGCAGACUACCUGUACAGCUGUGGGGAGACAGAGAAACUCUACCAGCUUCUGCUACAGUAUAAGGAUAGUGAUGAUGCAGAGUUCCUGUGGAGGCUGGCGCGGGCAUCUCGUGACCUCUCCCUCCUCGCUCACAUUGCUGCUGACGAGAAGAAGAGGCUGACCUUUGAGGCAUUUGAAUACGCCAAGAAGGCCCUGGAGAAAAAUGAGGCCUGCUUCGCAGCACACAAAUGGUAUGCAGUGUGCCUCAGUGACAUAGGCGAUUACGAGGGGGUCAAAGUAAAAAUAGGAAAUUCUUACAUCAUUAAAGAACAUUUACAGAGGGCUAUCGAGCUAAAUCCUAAAGAUGCCACAUCUAUCCAUAUCUUGGGUUAUUGGUGUUUUGCCUUCGCUGAGUUGGCGUGGUAUCAACGUAAAGUGGCAGCCAUGAUCUUCGCCUCCCCUCCCACUGCUACAUACGAAGAGGCUUUGGCGUUCUUCCUGAAAGCUGAAGAAGUGGACCCAAACUUCUACAGUAAGAAUCUACUUAUGCUGGGGAAGUCCUACAUGUCAUUGAAGGACCAGGGGAAUGCUGUGCUCUGGCUGAGAAAGGCACGGGACUACCCCCCUCACACAGAGGAAGACAAGGAGGUCCAUAAAGAAGCCAUUGACCUUCUGAAGAAGCUCAGUGCAUAAGAUGACCUAGUCACAUGGAGGCAAGAGUGGACUGUGUUGAUAAUAGGUGUAAUCUAUGUCUAUCUACUAUAUGUAUAUUUUUGUUCCUAACGCAAGAGUGUACAUAGGCUAUACUGUACGGCCUUAACAGGAAAUGAUACAUGCUUUUCCACUAACCUGUGUAUAGUGAUUUACAAAUGCUGUGAUUUAACUUUAAUUAAAUGUUAUUUUAAUUUAA